AUGACAACCGUAAGACAGAGAAGGGUUGGAAAAGGCACAGAAGCGGCUGAAGAUCAGCCUUCAGAGGAGAAGAAUGUGAAGCCUGAUGGGAAAAUUCUGUCUGAUCAUACAGGUGGAAAGCUGUGGAACAUACUCUCAAUAACUGUCGGUGGAAUUGUUGCCAUCUCUCUUGGACUUCUUACUUCUGUUUAUGUUGCUACACUGCAUGAAAAUGACUUGUGGUUUUCCAAUAUUAAGGAAGUCGAAAGAGAAAUUUCAUUCAGAACAGAGUGUGGACUUUAUUAUUCCUACUACAAACAGAUGAUUCAGGCUGCUUCCAUCCAGCAAGGUUUACAUGGUUUAGUAUAUGACAAUAAAACUGAAUCUGUGAGGACAAUUAACAUACUUGAAAGAAUGAAUGUUUACCAGGAGGUGUUUCUCAGCAUUCUGUAUAGGAUUCUUCCAAUUCAGCAAUACCUAGAGCCCGUUUAUUUUUAUAUCUACACUUUGUUUGGACUUCAGGCAGUUUAUGUCAUUGCUCUGUAUGUAACAAGCUGGCUUCUUAGUGGAACGUGGCUUUCAGGGUUGUUGGCAGCUUGCUGGUAUAUUACAAACAGAAUAGAUACUACAAGAGUAGAAUUCACCAUUCCUUUAAGAGAGAACUGGGCACUACCAUUCUUUGCUGUUCAGAUAGCAGCCAUCACAUACCUACUCAGAACUCAUUUACAACCUGUUCAAGAAAGAUUGACACUUAUAGCUGUAUUCAUAGCAACGUUUCUCUUCAGCCUUACUUGGCAAUUUAAUCAGUUUAUGAUGCUGAUACAAGCAUUGGCAUUAUUCAUACUGGACUGCUUUGACAUGCUUCCCACAGCAAAGGUCAUGUGGCUGUAUAUCAUUCAGAUUUCUGGAUUACUGCUAGUCUGUGUCCUACAGUUCUUUAAUUCUAUGAUUCUUGGAUCAUUACUUAUAAGUUUUAACACUUCUGUCUUGAUAGCAAGAACAAUCCAGAAACACCUAAAAAAGGGCAGCUUGCUUAACAGGCUUGGGAAACUUAUCUUCCAUGUGCUAUUGGUCUUGUGCUUCACUCUCCUAAUAAAUAAAUUCAUCAAGAAAAUUCUUAAUCUUGAGUCAGAUGAACAUAUAUUCAAAUUCUUGAAAGCAAAAUUUGGAUUUGGGGCAACAAGAGAUUUUGAUGCUAACCUGUAUCUUUGCGAAGAAGCCUUUGGUUUACUACCGUUAAAUACUUUUUCAAGACUCUCAGCUACAUUGCUUUUUUACGUCUACAUAUUUGUUCUCUUCCUUAUGACAGUAGCAGCUAUAGUUGUUGCCUUUCGGAACCUCAGUGGUUCAAAUCAAGUUCAGUUCAUGGAAAAAAUGGAAGAAUGCACAAUAACACUGAAGCCCGAUGCUGCUUACAACUUACUGCACACAGUCCUUUUUGGAUGUCUGGCAUUAAGCACAAUGAGAAUGAAGUACCUCUGGACGUCCCACAUGUGCGUAUUUGCGUCUUUUGGCCUGUGCAGUACAGAAGUAUGGAAACUUAUCCUGAAGUGUAUUCAUCUCUACACAUCACAGAGGACACGUGUGAUUAAGUAUUCUAUACCAGUAAUUAUAUUACUAUACAUUUCAUAUAAGUUCUGGCCAGGAAUAAUGGAUGAACUGUCAGAGCUGAGAGAAUUCUAUGACCCAGACACUGUGGAGCUGAUGAACUGGAUUAAGUCAAACACUCCAAACACAGCAGUGUUUGCUGGGAGCAUGCAGCUAUUAGCAGGAGUCAAACUGUGCACUGGACGGACCUUAACUAAUCAUCCCCAUUAUGAGGAUAAGAAUCUGAGAGAGAGAACAAAACAGAUUUAUCAGAUCUAUGCUAAGAGAUCUCCUGAAGAUGUUUACCAAAUACUGCGAUCCUUUGGCACAGACUACGUGAUCCUAGAAGACAGCAUUUGCUACGAAAGAAGACACAGUAGAGGCUGUCGGUUACGCGACCUGCUUGAUAUAGCUAAUGGCCAUAUCAUGGAUGGUUUGGGAGAGAAUGAACCUGAUCUGAAACCUGCGUUGUAUCCUCGCUUCUGUGAGGAAAUUAAAAAAACCCUGCCUUCUUAUACCAUACACUUCACUAGAGUGUUUCAAAACAAAACAUUCCAUGUUUACAAACUUGCUAAACAUAAAUAACACUUCCUACCAUGGCUUCAAGUUCAGUAUUUUAAUGCUAGAACCCACGUUAGAAAACACAGAGGAAGUUUACAAACACGUUAUAUUUGUGAGACAUUUUCCAUUGAUGGUUUCUUGGUUAAUUACUGUGAUUCUUAUUUUUUUAGACAGUUUAGUUUUGAUAA